UGCUGUGACCUCUCUUCUGAUCCCCCCAGUUGAAGCUCAGGGCUUAGAACAAGCAAAGAUGCCGAAUGGCCCACUGCCCAGCCCCUGUUUCCCAGCCCUCCUGAGGGCUUGCUAUGUGCCUAGCACUGUGCUAGAUGCCGAGGUGGGAGGGAACAGUAACAGCAAAGCCCCAGAUGCUGCACUCCUGCACUCAGAAAAGUUCUCGGGCUCCUUCGGGAGCAGGACAGCACAGAUCUUUUAUGAAGCGCCGCCCCUGGCUGUGCCUGGCAGCUUAGCGGGGCUCCUGCCCAGGACCCCUUCCGUCUGCACGUAGGCCCAGGCCCAGGCCCUCCCGCAGUGCCCGCAGCUGGCUGUAGGUCGGGCCCUUUUCCCAGGUCGCUGCUCCCCCUGGUGGUGGCUGGGUGCCCUGCAGCUCCAGCCCAUGUGAUUUCGUGGAAAAGGCGGUGCCUAAAGAAAGCGAAACACAGGGGACGGUAGGAAGGGGAGGAGAGACAGUGAGCCGGGGAUACGAGCUGCGCCUAUCUUUCCAGUUCAUCCAACCAAGGCACCUGACUGCCAGCACAGGUCUCAUCUUUCUGCUGAUGUUUCUAACUGGUCCCUCUAGGAUGGCAUCUGGCCGGGCUAGACGUACUCGAAAACUUCGUAACUGGGUUCUGGAGCAGGUGGACAGUGGGAAGUUCCCAGGAGUGUGCUGGGAUGAUGCAGACAAGACCAUGUUUCGCAUCCCUUGGAAGCAUGCAGGCAAGCAGGAUUUCAGAGAAGAACAAGAUGCUGCCUUCUUCAAGGCCUGGGCAAUAUUCAAAGGGAAAUAUCGGGAAGGAGACCAAGCAGACCCUGCAGCCUGGAAGACACGCCUUCGGUGUGCCCUCAACAAGAGUCCUGAGUUUGAGGAGGUCCCAGAGCGAGGCCACAUGGAGGGGCCUGAGCCCUACAAGGUGUACCGGCUCCUGCCUUCUGGCACCCUUCCUGGUGACUACUGCCCCCCAUACUCCUUAGUCCCCAUCCUUGGAAACAAUAUAAGCCACACCCUGAGAGGUGGAUGGGAGGCAUCUGGGGAGUCUGAUUCAUCUUUCCCCAGGGCAGAGCCUUCAGAUCCAUCCUUAACCCUCACUCCAGGCCCUGAUCCCUCUGGUGCUUCCACAGCCCCACAGGGUAUCCAGAAACUUCAGCCAAAGAGAAACCACACUUUAUUAUCCUCGGAUGAAGAAGAUAAUGUAGAGAAUAAACGGAGUUGUAUACGUAGCCUGCCCUCACUGCAGAACUCUCCUGGAAUCAUGGUUCCAGCUAAGGGACCCAGCAGUAGCUUUCAGCACAUGGAUGAUUCUGGUAUUGGGAGCAACAGCAACAGCCCUGAGCCCCAUGAAGUUGCUGACUCUGCUGAUGUCACUUUACAAGAUGAUCUAGAAAUUCUCCAGUUGCUUCCUCUUUCAGAUGCAGAUUAUUCCCUUUUGCUCACCUUCCACUAUAGUGGGCAUUUGGUCGGAAAGACUGAGGUAUAUGGCCCUGACUGCCGCCUUGUAGCCAAAUCUUCAGGAUCCCAGAAUAACAUAGAGCAGGUGGUGCUACCUUCUGCCAGUGUACUAUCCGAACCAACUCUCCAAGUAUCCACAGAGAACCUCCUGAACCAAUUUGACCGUGGCAUCUUGGUAGCUAGCAAUGCCCGAGGUCUCUUUGUACAGCGCCUCUGUACCAUCCCAAUUUCCUGGACUGGGCCCUGUGCCCCUUCUGGUCCUGGACCCCAUCUGCUACAAGACAAAAGAUGCGUAGAGGUCUUUAAUCCUGCCAAAUUCUUCCAAGAUGGAGCAGGCAUUCGCCCGAUACCUACUGUAAACUGGACUUGUAUAAGCGAAGAAUGUUCCGUUCCCUUGGUAUCUGUUACACUGGUCUUCCUCUUCCUUUCCUUUAACUCUAAGGGGUAUAAUGUUCUUUCUGUGCCCUUCUAGUUGGUGUUGGUGCCUUCUAUGAGUUGUAUCACCAUGCUUGGGUAAUUUGGUAAGAUGGUGGGAAGUCCCUGGGAAAUCCCAAAAGCUCAAACUCACAGUGCCCUUCAAUUCCAAACCCUAAAAAUAACUGUAGAUUCACUGUCUAGGUUUUUGAAUAAAGUUUUAUUGAAAGUGAAA